AUGUCAUUUGAAUUGAUAAUUCCAACAGCAACGAAGGAUGUUCCAUAUGGUGCUAUCGGUAUAGCCCAUUAUCUAUCCACAAACGCUGAUCCUGCGUGCUCCCCAUUCGAGUACUCCCAUGUAGAUGUACACACGGAUUUCAGCGACGACGCCAAAGCGGCUACCUUCAAAUCCGCAGAUGGCGCCCAAGUCACUGAUCUCCACACUAUUCUUUCAGUCUUGGCCCACGCUGGUAACAUCUCAGGCCAGUCGGAGGACAAGGGCUUAGUCGAGGCUUAUGUCAGCGACGCAGCGGCUAUGUCCAAGCAAUCAUUCCCUCAGCUGACGCAAUCACUCAACAAGCUCGAUGAUAUUCUCUUUCUCCAUGCGUUCCUCGUUGGAUACGCACCAACUGUUGCUGAUUUUGCUAUUUGGAGUUCAAUCAAGUCCUCAUCACUCGCUCUCGGCAUUCUCAAGAAGAAUCAGCACCAAAAUGUUGUCAGAUUCCUUUCCUUCUUCGACACUCUCGCUCAGCCAGCGUUGCAAGCCCACGCAGCAGCCAAGUCUAAGAAGGCGUCUACCAAGACGGCCUCUGGUGGUUUCAGUAUGGGUUUGAAGAACGCAGAGCAAGGCAAGGUUGUCACUCGUUUCCCACCAGAACCCUCUGGAUACUUGCACAUUGGUCACGUAAAGGCAGCUAUGCUCAACGACUACUUUGCCAAGAUGUACAAUGGCACGCUGCGCAUCAGACUCGAUGACACCAACCCUGUCAAAGAGGACACAGAGUACCAAGACGUGAUUUUAGAAGAUCUCAAAAUGAUGGGUAUCACAUCUAAGCUGGUUACCUUCACUUCCGACUACUUUCAACUCCUCUACGACAAGGCUAUCGAGCUUAUCAAACUCGGUAAGGCAUACGCAGACGACACACCUGCAGAGGAGCUCAAAGCACAGAGAUUCAACCGCCAGCCUUCAAAGCACCGCGAUAUGCCAGUCGAUGAGGUACUCAAGCAUUUUGAGGAGAUGAGCAAGGGUACAGAAGAAGGCAACCGCUGGGUCCUUCGCGCUAAGAUCAACUAUGCAAGCGAUAUAGGCACGAUGCGUGAUCCUAACAUCUACAGAGUGGUGCCACACGCUGACCACCACCGCACGGGUAAGCAGUGGAAGGUAUACCCACUCUACGACUUCUGCAUGCCGAUAAUAGAUUCCGUGGAGGGUGUGACCCAUGCACUUCGUUCGAACGAAUACCACGAGCGUAAUCCACUGUACAACUGGAUCGUCGAUACGCUCUCCAUGCGCAGAGCUGAAAUUUGGGACUUUGGAAGAAUGAACUUCACCUACACUCUACUUUCUAAGCGCAAACUGGGUAAACUCGUUGAAGCUGGUAGUGUGAAAGGUUGGGAUGACCCUCGCUUCGCUACUGUUAGGGGUAUUUUGCGCAGAGGUAUGACUGUCGAUACACUGCGCGAAUUCAUCCUUCUACAGGGUCCAUCACAGAGCGUCGUCAACCUCCAAUGGGACCAGAUCUGGUCUAUGAAUAAGCAGCGUAUUGAUCCCGUCAUUCCACGUUUCACAGCUUGCGAGAAAAAGCAUCUCGUAAAGGCUGUUGUGAAUGGCGCCCCAUCGUCUAUCGAAUACAAGGAGCUUCCUCGCCAUGCUAAGAACAAUGAUCUCGGUACGAAGAAGGUUGCUUUCUCUAACGAGGUUUACAUGGACCAGGAAGACGCACAGUCGUUCGCCGAUGGCGAAGAAAUCACCAUGAUGGCCUGGGGUAACGCUUUCGUUAAGGCGAAGGAGGUAAAUAGUGAGGGAAUGGUCACUGGACUCACCCUCGAUCUGCACUUGGAGGGUGACUUUAAGAAGACUAAGAAGAAGGUGACGUGGUUGUCCGCUAAGAAUGAUUUCGUUGGCGUUAAGCUGAUGGACUACGAUUAUCUCAUCAACAAACCUCGUUUGGAGGAAAGCGACAACUUAGACGAUUUCCUCACUCCUGUCACAGAAUUCGUCACGGAUGCUGUCACCGAUUCUAACAUCAAGUCACUCAACAAAGGCGAUCGCUUCCAGUUCGAGAGAAAGGGUUACUUUAUUGUGGAUGCUGUCAAGGAAGAUGGCACAUACGAACUGAUAAAAAUCCCAGACGGCAGGGUGGCAUCGACUAUUAGCAAGGGUGAUGAGAAGGCGCAAGCUAAGCAGGCUGCGCAGCCCAAGAGAGAUAAGAGGGAGAAGAAGGAGAAGGGUAAAGAGGGUAACGCUGGCAAGGCAGGUAAGGCGCCUUCUGUCACCGACAUUGCACCUUCACAGGCAAUUGAGUACCUCAGUCUGAGCGACAAGAAUGAUGGCUUUGAGAUACCUGUCAAGAGCAAGAUGUACAAUGUCGGUAGUGUUUUUGGAGAUGAAAAGGUGGACACCAAUGUCAAGACGGACAUGUACAAGGUGGAUCCAAUUUACAAGCACUAG